UUGCUAGGGAAACAUCUGAUGUUGAUAUAGGCAACAACAUGCUCGACGACAUCCAUCAAGUUAGCCAGCUAUAGCUCUGUCUUUAGUCAGCAACACAGUUAACUUGCCAGCUCUCGCUACGGUAACUUGGUUCUAGUGAUUGUUAUCAACUCUAUGCUUCUUCAACAUGGAAGAAUAUGUUUCUGGUAAAGAUGCUGAUAUCCACGAAUUAAAAGCCUCUGUAGAAGCCAUUGACUUCCUAUCCAGCAUUGAGUCUGCUGAGUUGCAGAGGUGUGUUUUCUCAGACGCUCUGGUGACAGUGUCUGAGGGGGGCAGGGAGCUUGGGGAGUUCAAUGUGACGGUGGAGCGGGUCUCUCGAGGGGAGCAGUCAUGCUUUCUGGUGCAUGCUCACAGCCACGGAGCAAUUGAUAACACACCCUGUGGAACAGCUAUAACAGCAUACCUGUCCACGAGUCUAGAAACACUUGAGCAAGAUCAUCAUGAGUAUGUCAAUCUUCAGGAACACAUGUUGGACAGACGGUGUCACAUGGUCCAGCAAGACGGACAGAUGGUGGUAAAAAAAGUCACCACUGUAGGAGAGGAGGUGAAGAAACAGACUGUGUGUUAUCCACUGGCCACUUUACGUGGGCUGGUUACUGAGGGUUCUAACCUGCUGCUGCUGAGACUUCUUGCUCUGAGGAGGAACGUUCCAGAUCACAUGACCUUCAUCUCAUUUGAUCAGGAUACAAGCUUAUCCUCCUCGACUUACAGGGGUCUGGGUGUAAAGCAGCAGGCAGUGGGAGAUGAGGUACUGGAGGUGUUUGGGAUUGAGCGGACAGUUGACUCAAUGGAGGACAUCCCUGCUACAUGGCACUGCUAUUUCCUGCCAGAUGGUCACCUGGCCAGCAGAGUGCAAGUGGGUUCUCCUGUCACCAUGAGGCUCCUGCAGUUGCCCCCACGGUCAAACAAAGAGGUGAGGGAUGAUAAGCCUGUGUUUGAGAAGAGGCCUCUGGUGUGGGAAGAGGACAUGCAGAUGCACUCCAAGUUCCUAGACAGAAAGGAGGAACUGAAGGCUGAGCAUGCAUCCUACCUGAGGCAGCACCCAGAGCUCCGUGUCAUAAUGGCUGACUUUCUGCAGUUCCUAUUGCUGAGGAAACCCAGCAAUGUGUUUCUGUUUGCCAAAGAAUACUUCCUCCUUUUCUCAUCUCGUCAUCCCCCAAGAGGACCAUUUAAUUCAUCAUCACCCUAAGAAUUGUAUAGGCCUCCACCACUUUUCUGUAUCAUUAUUGUCAAUGGUUUGUUUCCUGUUAAUUUUGUCUUCUUAUGGUCAUGACUGGCAGGUACAGUAAAUAAAUCAAGGACAUCAUACUACCAUUUCAGUAUGCCCCAAGUAAUCAUAAUAGGUUACCUCCUCUCAUGUCUUUGUGUCAUUUAAGAAAUAAGUAAAAUAAUAAAAAAUAUAGUCAUUAGAGGAUCUACAUGUAGUCAUUUAGCG